CAGUAUCAUGUCAAGAAAUUCACUCAGAGUUACUAUUACUAAUGUCGAUGUUCUUGUGCACGACUGCCAUACCAUUGGAGGACUUCUACCCAUAUGGUCCAGAUGUUGGAGAUUCUCAAGUGUGGUUGUACGGUGCUAUAAACUAUCGUGGACGUUCCAUUGCAAAUUACAUGGAGGUGUUUUUUAUUGGACUUGAUAAUGUUGGAGAAGCUGUCUGGUUUCGGAACAGCACCUCUCAAAACACAAAGGAGAGAGCAUUGACUGACAUACAACGUGUGUAUCCCUCUGUGUCAUACAUUGACCAGAUUUUGAUUGUCACAUGGGAUCGUCUUCACCUUUUGUCCCAAAACUAUCAGGUAGCUGGCUAAUAUUGCAUUAAACUCAGUCUUGUU